GCCAUAUAUAUUCAUGCCGGGCAAGAUGGCGGUGCUACGGACGAGGUGUUAUUGCCAGUGGACAUAAACAGGCAUUUUAUUCUACAAAGAUAAACGGAGACAUUCAGAUUUGAUUACUUGACUAUUUUUGUGUGUGUUCGCCGCGUCACGAGCGUCGACGUCUUUUUAAAUUUCAAACGUUUGAACGUGUUUUUUCCCUAAAAUGUUCACAUUGUAGCUCGCUCGCUAACCGACCAGCUGGCUAACAGAGAGCAGUUACUAGCUAGCUAGCUAUCUAUCACAGCCAAGCCGCCGUGAAGUGUAGGAUGGGAGAAAAGCUGGAGCUCAAGCUUAAAUCUCCGGUUGGAGCAGAACCUGCUGGCUACCCGUGGCCUUUACCUGUAUAUGUAAGUGUUAAACUUUGUAUUUCACCCGUUUGACAUUUGUAUUGUGUGUCUGUUUUUGUCUUUGUUAGCUAGUUCUUCGCUAACAUUGGCUAGUAGAGGCAGCCAUGGCACGCUCGUCCGGUGAAUCAGGUCAUACUAGUCUUAAUGGUGACAGACACGGACUAUCAGCCAGAUACGAUGACUGAUCAGACUUUUUUCUCCUUGUCCGCUGGAAAUAUUCCUGGAAAGUGGUCCAGACACUGUGGUGCAUUUGAGCCGAAUAACGACCAAUGUUACUGAGUACAGAGAGAUAAAACUAACUCACAUAUUCACACCACUGUAAGCCGACUUUAGAGUGGAAGUCAGAUCAACUUAAUACCUUUCUCAUCCAGUAUCAUGUCAGACACACCUUGACUUAGUUUUGCUGGCAAAGUAUUGAGAAUACGAUCGUUGACGUCCUUACUGUCAGUACGUGACAGUGAAUCCUAGACAGCUCUUUCUUGGUUUUCUCUUUUCAGACCCACCAUUUGUAAACAAUUACAGGACAAUCUAAUUAAACCCAAUACAACAGCUCUACCACAAAUUCUCCUUUUAGGAAGCUUCUCAAUUGUUCUUUACAUUAAUGGUUUCAGCUGUAGAGUUUGUCGAUAGUGUAUUACAGUGGUGUAUUUUGAAAGUUGGUAAUUUUUUCCUCCUUCGUGUUUGUUAAUGAUGUAGACUUAAGUAUAAGGAACCUCUUUUAGUGUAACACACUUUAAUAUAUCACUACCUGCUGCGCCUUCAGUAACAUGUACAUGGUGCAAUAAUGACCUGUCUGAUCACGUCAACCAAACUCCAAAUGUAUAAUCUUCCUGAUAGUAAAUUUGUUUUAGGGGUGUUGUGCUUUACUGCAUUCAAUUGCCCAGGUGUUUAUAAAUGGUGUUGUAUUGCAUGCAUAGCCUGGGAUCUGUUUCUCAGUGCAGCAUGCACGUGAAUGACCAGAUUGCAUUCCUCGAAUGCUUUCAGUGUUGUGCUAUCUCAUAACAUCAUUGUGAUGGAAACCAGCUGGGUAUAUUUGGUGUGUUGCACGGUAUGCAUCCAUACGAAUCCUAGUCUGUCAGUUUUCACAACUGUAACCAUGCUUGUACGCUGUAGUUGUAUUUCCAUGUCACAUGCUGUUAGCACGUCACUGGCUCGUCGUAGUUGACUCACCUUAGAGGAACGGAAAGGGAAGUGGCUGAAGGUUUUGUGGUCUUUUAAAAGCGUAUAUAGUUGUCUGAAACUUUCUGUUGUUUUUAUAGUGACUGCGGUAAGACAGUCAGUCUUGACUUGAAAAGGUGAAGUUUCUCAGAAUGUCUAAAACGGUACUUUUCCCUGCAACUCAUCCCCACCUACGCACAGCAUAGACUGGUAAUUUCUGUUACAUCUUCUAUUUUGUUUAUCUCGUCAUCAAGAAGUCCCAGUUAAUGAGUCAUGGUAACUUCUUGACACGAUGAGCCACUCCUCUCUGCUUUGGCUCACAAAGUUGACUCUUCCCUUACACCAGGCCAGAGACUGAUAACACUCACAGUUCUCUCUGGUCCGUCAUGUAUUGCCCCACCUACUUCCUUAUGUUAUGGUCUGUGGGAAUAAACACAAGAGCAGGCACGUCAGGAAUUUAUUCUGUCGACUAUACUGUUGACCUGCCUGAUAGCUAUUUAUACUGGGUCUAAGCUGUGACACACUGAAUUUGAAACGGCUGAUGGUCGCGCAUGUGGGGUUCUGCAAUAUGAAGCCUAUUCAUGCAGUGCGCUCCUCCUGUUUUAAAAGGGAAAGCUCUUCCUCUCUUUUUUCCCUUCCUCUCAUGUCCAUAUGGUCAACUCUAUGGGGUGGAGAACACAAGAGACCUCUUCUUUUCGACAGUGUUAUAUUAAUAGAAGUCGAAAACACAUGCCAGUAUCUGUGCUCAAACAUUUGAGUCAUGUUUUGUUGAUAUUUUCCACCCUUGCUGAAGUGCUUGUUUGUAGCAGUGUAGCCCACUCCAUGUAGAUUCAGCCUUCUCUCCCAUAAAGCAUUAAGAUUGCUUAUCUCAUCCACAGAGCAUGAACACAGUACUGUCUGUUUGAUGCAUACAACACGGCUGUAGAGCUGGCAUAAGGCGUGCUGUUUCAGUAAAUUGCUCUUUCUUUCUUUCUUUCUUUCUUUGGCACAGCGUUUGGCCCUCUCUCUUUCUCACCAUCGCUAACCAUCUCCCCACAUCUGUGCAUCUUUAAAUGCUUCCAUAUGAAGAGCACCUCUGGUGUGGUGUAGCUCUUUGUCCAUCUGGUUCUGGGUGUGGGCAUUUUGCAGGCCUACAUAGCAUUUCAAAGACUGCAGCUGAAGUGUUGCCGAGCAUGACCGGUUUGGCGCUCACCUAUUUAUCUAACCUAUGUCGAAAAAGGCUGCAGUUAUUGUAAAAUCUAUGGCGUCUUCAGUUCUUUGAAAUCAGCAGCGGUUGCAGCUGUCAAAUUUGCUGCCUUGCUGUUACUGGUGUGAACUGACUUCAAGCGACAGUGUCUCUAUUUUGAGGCCAAACAGCUAUUUCAUUUACAGUAUUCUCACUCUGGCUGUUUUCCAUUGAUAAGAAGCUGCAAAAGUCCACUGUCCUGCAUGUUUGGAUGUUUCCCUGUUCCAGCACACCUGAUUCAAAUGAUCAGCUCGUUAUCAAGCUCUGUGGUGGCUUGAUAACGAGCUCAUCAUUUGAAUCAGGUGUGUUGGACUGAACUUGAGAACCACUGAGCUACACUAUUAUAACUUUAAUAACUGCUGAUAUCACCAUUAUACAGCCAGCAAGCAUAGACUACCAGUUAGAAAAAAGUCAGUUUACGUAACAUUUACAAGCCAAAGGUUUUAUAAUCUGGUCAUCAGGAACUAGCUGAAUUGUGUGCAUGAGUUAUCAGUCUAAAUUUUAGCAUAAUAUAUGGCAUGAUGUCCUCCCAGAUUUUUACUUUUUAUGUUGAAAUGAGUGUUGACAUGAUAAAGAUCCGUCAGAUUCCUUUGGGUUUUACAAAAAAGGCCAUCUGUACUCACUGGUGAAUGCUUGUUGGCUUAUUUCAGAUUCCCUGUCAUCGGUGAUCGCACUAAGACAUCUGUUCUGGACAGCAGGCUGUUUGUAAUCACCAGAUGACAAGUCGAAAUGAUUUCAUCACUAGUCAUCUACGCUUUUUCAAAACACAAAAUUUACUCCUGUUGUCUGGUUCGACAACCCCACACCUUCAUAGUUCAUUAACCGUCAGGAGGUUUAGUCAUAUUUUGCGGUAAGGAGGAGAAGUACCGGGUGUUAGUCCCUGUCUGAGUUAGUCAUUUGUUUCUUGUCUGCUGCUGAGGUAAACAUAAUGAAGCAAAGGGUUCUGUAAAACCCCUUGUACCCAUGAUACAUGACGCUGAUGUUAGAGAAGACUGACUGAAGAUGUGGUGUAAGGAGGAGGAGUCAUGAAUGCGUCACUAUACCCACAGUGGGGAGAGAGAGGAGGGUCUCCUGUUCUUUUUGUCUGACUCUCGCUAGCAGACAGUGUUUAUUUUUAGCAUCAGCCCCGCGCUGGUGUUGCUGUGUGCCGUCUUUGUGUGAGCAGGUGACCUCCCCCCACUUCACUCCCUCGCCCACAGUCCCUUUUAGACACGUAUGCCUCAUGAACUUCCCCUUUAUGCUGUUUCACAUAUUUUGCGCUCAUGUAUGUUGAGGAAGUCUUGAAAUUUAUGUCGCUUGAGAGCAAACACCCAGCAGUUAGCUUGAAAAAAUGCUUUAAACGGAAGUCUGCGCUGCCAGAAAAAGGAGUUUUCCUGUGUUACCAUGCAUAUUUGCUGUGUGCGCAUGCAUGUUUGAGCCUUGGCGGAAGUUUGCGUAGUAGUGGCGGGCAGUAUUGAGCGGGAAGCUGGGAGCUCCGAGCUGUGGGCUGUUUGCUGCGGAUUCUGUGCCAGGCCUCAAACAGCUGACAAAUACCAGGCUACCCCCUCCCCUCUCUGGCCCCACACUCGCUCUCCCCAUUUUCUAUUCCCUCCCGCUUUCACUUUCCUUCCUUUCAUACACUGAUUUCUCCUCCUCUCUUAUAUGCCGUCUUUUCUUUCCCUCCACCAGAGGCUCUCCUUGGCAGUGCGCUGGAGCAGGAGACAGAAAGUGGGUCAGUGGGUCAGCUCAGGCAACAGGCUCAGGCUGGCUGCACUCAGGGUGUAACUUGACUCCUAUUACUCCCAGAGCUGCUCAGCACACGCCGGCUUGGUUUGCUCACCGUAGAGUCCCUAUACAGGAUCAUUACUUUGACUUAUCUUUCUCGAAUAAAGCAGUAUUUUACAGAUUAUAAGGCUGUUUGGAGCAGGUUACUUUAAUUUUCUAAAACAUGCUGUAAAGUUGUCUUUUUGAGCCAAAUUGUACCAACUAACCAGGAUGAUUUCCUGCAGAAAGACUCAAGUCCCAUUUGUUGGCAAAAAGGAAAUCUUCAAACCCACAAAGAUAAAUAAAAGACUGUAGAUCAACACUCCCUGAUAGUAAAUAAAUACAUGGGUUAAACAAGCGCUGCAAAACAUAUAAAGAGUUGUUUCCUGCAAACUCUGUCAUUCUGUCGGAAAAUGUUUCUGAUAUUCACUAUUUUCAGCUGCAAUCAAGACAGAAGAAACAAUUUGACUGCUACACCAAAGCAAGGGCCUUUUUCCAUAAAAAUCAAAGUCGUACUUCCAUGGGCUCUAUUUUCGUGCCCGCCGGCAACGCGGCAGACAGUGGCAGACCCUGCGCUGUCGUAUUUUCAAUGUGCCACAUCAAUGAAAGAGAGAGCUACGCCGAUGCGUGAUGCGUCCUUUACGCACAGGUGGUUCCGAUUUAAAUGCCAUUGUUGGAAUUUAUGUUGUGAUCUGUGCGUACAACCCACCUUUGUCACGUGAGGUUUGAAUAUGUGCAACUUUAUGUGAGUGUCUUUAUUUGUGGAAAAGGGUGUUUGUCUUACCAGUGGGUCCAACCUUACACACACCAAAUCCAUCUGUGCUCAUAUGAGAGAGUGUGAAGGGCGCCCUCUGCAGCACUUACAGCGACACUUGCUGAGGGGCUGCCUUCUGUUGCCAUCGUGUGCACAAAAAUUGUAAUACGCCUCGCCGGUGGCAGACUUAAAGGCGAGGAGAGGCGCUGUUAUGAUUGGCGAAAACAGAUCUCGGCUGUGUUAAACCCACUCCACACCUCUCUCCUCCCUCUCUAUGACUUACGCCGCUGGGAGGAGCUGAGUUAGGGAGGAGGGAUACUUACGCCGGGCUGUGCCACUCACCAAAAUACUGAAAUAUGCUUGGACAUGCCUUGUCAGCGUGGCGGACCUGACUUACGCCACGCCGCCGGCGAGGCACGAAAAUAGAGCGACAGUUUCCUUCUGAAUUCACCAUGCUGCAGAUGUUUUUUGUUGUUGAGUCAUUUGGUAGUUGGGGUAGUUGAUGCAUCUAAAAUCAUUUUUCAAGUUAUGUGUGUAUUUUAAUGAAUUGAAAGGUUAAAUGUAUUUGUGGAUUUAAUUAAAAAAAACAUGAUUAUUACUACCAAAUUCAUUCUGUACUUGAAAGUUACCUACAAAGGAAGAUCUAGUUAGAAAAUAACUUCUCCUAUGGUGUGAAGAAAAUAAUCAAAACAGAAAAACUCUUCAAGUUUGCUUGUGUCCCAUUCUUUCCAUUUCCUCUUCUUUAUGGACUUGGCAUACACUGAGAGCAAUCAAGCAGGAUGUAGGUUAAAGCCUAGAGUAAACAAGCUCUGGAUCUGUCUAUAAAACUCCCUCCACGCAGUUCACACAUUGCAUGAUCAUAACAUAAUCAUGGGUGGGUCCGAGUAUUGUUUUAAGUAUCCGGGUUUACUCAAAUCACAACAUGCAGCAAACACAUACCACAGACACUUGAAGCUUUCUUCAACUCGCACAAAUAAAUACAUCUUUUCAUUCAAGCAGUUUCAGGAUUCGGAGUUUUCAAGUAGAAACUCUAAAUGCCUUUUGUUCCAAACUUGAUUCACCUCUUUCAUGUCUACCCAAAUCCAGACAGACAGUACACAAUUUUUGCCUGGUUGUUACUAUUAUCCUGUUGUGAACGGGUCUGGAAUGGUUCAGUUCAUUUAAUUUUUAGGGAGUCUUAGCAACAGUCCCGUACAAAAGUGCCUCCUGAAGCAAAUGCACAAACCCUCCACCAAUCAUAUCAAUGCAGUAUGUCGACAGACAGCAGCGGGCAAACGAAAGAAGCACACCUUUCUUACCCAUUAUUGCUGUAUGAGCAGUUAAAUGUUCUGGAUUAAACAAAAAUACAACAUCCUGUGUGUUAAAAGUGACUUUAACAGCAGAUUAAACUUAACAACAGUGAAAGUUGCCAUUUUUGUUGUUUCCAAAUACACUGAAGCAAUGCUGUUGUGUUGUCAUCCUAAAUAGCCGGCCCCAUUUUUAUAUGAUGCUGUGAUUGGGUUGGUGUAUCGGAAAAUAAGGGCUAAACUGCUCAGAAUGACAGCGGUUCCAGACCCAGUUGCCUUUGAGAAUAUCUUUGGUAAGAAAGCAUAGUUUUUGUUUCAACCCUGGGCAGGAAAACCUGCACUGAUGUGUGAAGUGACUUUGUUUUUACACUAAUAAUAAAUCUCUGUAUUCCAUUGUGAUAGACCAAUGAACCAUAACAUUAUGAUUACUGACAGGUGAAGUGGAAAUCAGUGAUUUUCUUGUCACAGAGGCAUAUCUUAGUGGGUGCAGCAAGAUAUGUGAGGCAGCAAGUGAUCGUUUUGUCAUUGAGCCUUUUUGUGUAGGGAGCUGGAAAAAUUGUCUUGGCUAAGGAGGUGUCCAACUCUGAAAAAGCCAAACUGUUAUGGUUGAAGGUGUUGGUCAGUGCUUCUUCAAAGCUGCUUCUCCCAUAGGGUGUCUCCAGCCGGCAGUGGUCAGUACACUUAAAGUGGCCAGAGGAAGACGAACUAGUGAACGUGCAAUGACAUGGACAGCCAAGACUCAUGGAUAUGGGUUAGGGCCAAAUGUUUGUCUGCAGAUCUGAUUCAACUGAAAAGCCACUGUGGCUGAAAACCUGCAACAAUUCUUUUCGUUAUGAUAGAAACAUUGUCAGAACACAAAGUGGUACUGUUAGGGCUGGGUCUCAAAUCAAUAUCAUGAUAUAUUUAGCGGUUUACCUCAAUAAAGAUAAAUGGACGAUAACAACUCCACAAGCUGCUCACCCCCUCCCACAUUAACAUUGUCUACUUCAGCUGCCUCUCCAGCUGCUACAACUUUUGAACCGUCCGCCAUCUCCUCACCUGUCUUUCCCUCUUUGUUAUGGACUGGAUGGGGUUGAGUCACGUCUCUGACGUAGGACAACAUGUUAAAGGGACAUGAGACCAUAGCCUACCUACACACAUCCAAAACCAACUUUUAUUGAUUUUUUUUUGUAUCGGACAUUUUCGGUUUAUCGCCCAGCCCUAGUCAUAGUAUAAUGCUUAUGGGGCGGCGUAGCUGUAGACUGGUUAGGGUGCCCUUGCUUACCUCUUUCACCACCAAAAGCCCUUACAGUGAGCAUCAAAGCUGUACCACAGAGAAAUAGAAGAAGGCGGACCAGGAAAACCCGAUAGUGUUGACUUGGUCUCUACUCAGUUAUAAGCAGGGGUCAGUGGUUGAUCAGUAUGAUCCAUGUGCUGUGUGAGCACCGCUGCUUUAAUACAAAGCCUACCAACCAUGGCAAAUGAACAUCUAUAAAGCUAUGGAUGUCUGUUUUGUAGCUUGAACAGAGUCUUUGAACAUGUGCAUACAUCAGUUUCCUCAGCAGCUGUUUGAGUUUAUCGGACACUACAGUGGUUAAAGGCUAAAUCAGAUAUUUUUUAUGUAUUUGUCUUCGCAAAGUUGGUCAUUAGAGGUGAAAUAAGGUUAUUCUACUGUGUUUGUUUUCUUAAAUAGUGUAUGCUUGACUUUUACUCCUUCAAACUUGUUGGCUAUUUCAGAGGCUGUACUUUGUGGUGCUAUUAGAGAGCAAUGAGUCAGAGGUGUUCAUUAUUUCUAUCUGUCCACAGGAUAAACACCAUGAUGCAGCUCAUGAAAUCAUUGAGACCAUUCGGUAAGUGACCUAUCCCCCCGUGUGUACUCCCACGUCAAUACAGACAGUUAGUGACUGUCAAGUGUGUGAUCUGGUGACUAUUCUAUGUGUGUGUGUGUUUUUUUUAGGUGGGUGUGUGAGGAGAUUCCAGACCUCAAACUGGCGAUGGAAAACUACGUACUCAUUGACUACGACACCAAGAGGUGAGCCUACUCUUACUGUAAAAUCAGUUUGUAAAGGUGUCAGUAAUUGUGACUUUUUAAAAUUGUUUUUAUUUCUUGUUUUUCUCCCAGCUUCGAGAGUAUGCAGAGACUUUGUGACAAGUACAACAGGGCCAUUGACAGCAUUCACCAGCUGGUGAGUCCACAUGUCACAAGUUAACAGCACUAUAUAUGUGUCCAUCAAUGGAGGAAUUCACUUGGAUUGUGGUUGAUAAUGGCUCAUGCAUUGUGCAUCAUUUGGCGUGGGAGUUGGGAUGUUAGAGUCGGUGAUCAUGAGGUCACAAAGAUGCUGUGGUUGUCAAAAAGUAAUGCUUUACAACCCUACCCAAGGGGGGUGGGGGUGGGGGUUAUUCUCAGAAAUUUUUAAGAACUUUGUUCAUGUCUGAAAGAAGAAUUAGGCUUCUUUGUAAAAGACAGCACCCCUGGGUUAUGUUUACCAACAAUGAAUAGGGAAAUCAUGAUAAAUUUGAUUGUAUUCUUGUAAGAUUAAAUGAAUAAUGUCAUAUCCUAGUGGAAGGGAACAACCCAGCCGAUGAAGCUUAACAAACGUCCUUCCAACGGGCUGCUGAGACACAUCCUGCAGCAGGUGUACAACCACUCAGUGACCGACCCAGAGAAGCUGAACAACUAUGAGCCCUUCUCCCCUGAAGUGUACGGAGAGACCUCCUUUGACCUGGUGUCUCAGAUCAUCGAUGAGAUAGAAAUGAUGGAAGAGGACACCUUUGUUGACCUUGGCAGUGGUAAGUCUGCUGUCAAUUUUUAAUGUCUUGAAUUCAGAAAGAACUGGUCCAGUUAUCGGGCGCCAGUUGGUGUUGUGGUUCAAGAGUACACCCCAAAUACAGAGGCUAUUAUUCUUGUGUUAGCAGUCAGGUUUGACUCCUGGUAACCCACAAGUUUCCCCUUUUUUAAUCUCCCACAUGUCCUCUCUCUUUGGCUGCCCUGUCUACUGAACAAGGGCCAAAAUGCCCCAAAUAACCAUAAAAAGGAGCCAUUAUAGAAAAAUCUUUGUAUUGAAUCAAGGAUCCAGUUUGACCCACAGCAUGCCUUUUUCAUUAACCCUAUGUAUUGUUCUAUUUCACAGGAGUGGGACAAGUGGUGCUCCAGGUUGCAGCAGCAACAAAUUGUAAACACUACUACGGGGUCGAGAAGGCAGACAUUCCAUCUACCUAUGCAGAGGUAACAACGGGAAGAUCAGCUGACUUUAAAUCUUCUCAUCGUCACCUCGUAGAAAAACACACUUCAGUACAACUGUAGUAAUAUUUACAAAUGAGGAUAAUUGUUUUUCUCCUGGAAUUAACAAUUGAAUGAAAGCGCAAACCUAAAUCGACAGAAAAACUUAAAAAAAGUGUAAGCCCCCAAAGUGAAAGAUUGCCCUUCUAAAUCACAUUCUAGUAACCUGCAACAUGAUAUUCAGGACUUUGCUGAUGGAUACAUUAAAUGGAUAACCAUUUUGCCUGUUUAAGGAUCUGGUAAAACAAAAAAACAUCUAAUUUUUGUGGAGUGAGUCAGUGAUUGGUUGAUUUCUAUCAGGCAUUUCAAUUACGAAGGAGGUGAAUACGUUACAAAAAGUCAAACAAAAAUUAAAGUAAAUAAAAUUAAAGCAACUAGCAAACUGCACGUGUUUGAAAAGGCUGAGGUUAAAACCUAUUUUAUCUUAGCCCUAAUCUACUUGUGAAAAACUUUAACUCAACUAUCCACUUGGUGUCGAUAUCAGAGAAAACGAUCGAAGUCAUACAUGUAUCCAGCUGUCAGACUCUACCUUUCUCUGUGUCAAUCAAAGAGGCUGUUUUGGAAAAGUUUUAGCAUAUUGUCAAUUUUUGUGCUUUGCCUGAGUUUCUUACUUCAACUGUUUCAUUGUGUCAAGAAUAAAAUUUCCCUAAGUUUGGGAUUCCUUUAUAAUCAGAACUUGAAAAACUGAACAUUACUUUGAGAUAAUUCAUUUCUUUCUUGAUAAAUUAUUUGUGUUGUGUUGAUUAAAUUGUCAUAUAUGAAUGUAGGUUAAUAUACGAGUGUUUUAUUUUUUUUCUUUCAGACCAUGGAUAAAGAGUUCAAAAAGUGGAUGAAAUGGUAUGGAAAGAAACAUGGCGAGUACACAGUAAGUUGACUCUUACUUUGAUAUGUAUUCAUGUGGUACACUUGGCACAAAACUUUCAAUACUGUAUAUUCUGCAGAUGUACAAGUCUAGAGAAUUCCCACAGAUCCCACUGUGCUCUGUUUCUUUCAGCUGGAGAAAGGCGAUUUUCUGUCUGAAGAAUGGAAGGAAAGGAUCGCUAACACAAGGUGAUAAUCCCAACCUGGUUUUAACAACCAUCUUUUAAAGACACAACUCCUAUUACUCCUCUCUGAUGAUCAAAACAUGUUGAAUGCCCACUGAAGAUCUUAACUAUUGCUUUGUUUUUUUCUGUCUUCCAGUAUUAUUUUUGUGAAUAACUUUGCCUUUGGUCCAGAGGUUGAUCACCAGCUGAAGGAGCGCUUUGCUAAUAUGAAGGAAGGUUGGUAUUCAUCAGCGAAAAAAACAACCACAUGUAGCUGAAGUUUUCCUAAAAAGAGCCUUUCCUCAGAUAUCACCUUGACUUUAAUCCAAACAUCCAAAUAAGCUCAGACACACACAGAUAUGUGCAGUGCUUCACAUUCUCAUGAAGAAAACGUCUCAAAUAAUCAAUUUUUAAAGUCGAGAAACUGGUUAUUAAUACAUUAAAAUGGUUUAUUUUCAGUCAAUGAAAACUGGGUUAACUUGAAGCUAUUUAUGCCACUGAGAAAUAGUGCAUCUAAUUUUAGAGUAGGAGUGACGAAAUGCUGCCUUCAGACACAGACAUAUCAAACAGUUCUGCUUUACAAUAAGGCAAAACACCAGUGGGAGUCUCGAGUCAUAAGUUCUUUUGAUCUUCACCGCGUGCCGUUGCAUUAAUUUGUCACCGCUUAUUAGCUGAAACAAAAGGAGAGGUUUUUUAAGGCCCCGGGAGGAAACAGAUCAAAGGUUGUUAAUAAGCCUUUUUAAAAUCCUCUGAUUCAGAUAACAGUCCUGAAAGUUUGAGCUGUAAACAGUAGCACUUUGUGUUGAUAGUAGCGAGAGUAACACUUUGAUUCACAGGAAAAGAUAUUUGUCAAGCUGUUUUCAUGAGUGAUCAGAAUAAGAAUGGUGAUAUCAAGUACUCUCUGACCUGAAAACUCAGAGCCAUUUAACUUUUCUUUCUGUUUAGUGUGAGAAAAUUCUGAAUAUCUCUGGAUUACUGUUUGUAUUUGUGAAAGUCAUUCUUUGGCAUUACAGUUCUUUAUCUGUCCACAGUGUUGUUUAGAAAAUGUUUCUCUAAAUUAUCUGUUAAUUGUUUUUUAUUCUCAGGUGGGAAAAUUGUAUCCUCCAAACCUUUUGCACCUUUAAAUUUUAGAAUAAACAGUCGAAACUUGAGUGGUAAGUACCACAGUCUGUUUGGUUUUGAUUUUUGAUUCCUGUCCUGCUUGCUUUGAUUUGAAUCUGAGUUUGUGUGCUUUGUCUUCUUUUUUUAUUCAUUAUCCUGCAGAUAUUGGCACAAUAAUGCGUGUGGUGGAGCUCUCACCGCUCAGGGGCUCUGUGUCCUGGACUGGGAAACCAGUUUCCUACUACCUGCAUACCAUAGAUCGCACCAUAGUAAGAAGCAUCUUAGAGACUAAGAGUAGUGAACUAGAAUUUGUUUUUAGGGUCGCAUAACAAAUCAUGAAUAAAUGUGGUACCAUACUAUCAAUUUCCAAUAGCUGUGCUGAUGUUAAUGCUGAAGUGAGCUUGUUGAUUUAAAAUUGAGAGCAGUUUGCGCGAUAGUUGUUUGUGUCUAUUACCAGGCACAGUCAGCUAGAGGCGCCAAUAAAAUAUGAUACAGCUGUGAUUUAUGCUUCUUCAGAUCUCCAUUACAUGUAAACAGCUCUAAAGUUUCUGAGGUCUACAGAUCUGUCGAUAAAUCCACGCACAAAUAUAGGCAUCAAUCACAGAAAAAAAAUAAAAUAAACAUUAGUCACUUGGUGUGUUAUUGAGAGUCUUUCUCUCUUGCUCUCUCUUGCCAGUUGAUCAAUGUCUAAAUUCUGUAAACCAAAGAUCAUUUCUUCAUUACUGUCGCUGUACCCUCUGACAGUAUGUUUAAUAGAAAUUAAUCACAUGCUGAAUUAUGUUAGUCUUCAAUUUAUUUUUAUCAUCCCCUCAUUUGUAUUUGUCUAAUUCACAAAACAAAACCGCGAUUACAUUAUAGGAGAGCUGUAUGACCAUGUACUAUAUACUCAAACUCAGAGCAGAUAAUUUCACACAUGCACACGCACGUAUUCCUGCACGAACACACACACAGUUAUGAUCGAGCACAAGACACUUCUCAGAGAGUCUCCUCUAUUUUACUUGUAUGCAGCCUGCGGUUAUAGAAGUUCUGCAGUGAUGAAUUGUUCCUGAACAGAGGUGUGUAGAUUGAUUAAGAUGAUGCCAACAGAUGCCGUUUGCACAUUUUAAAAUGUUUGAGGAAGAGAUCCUGUUCUGGGAAUUACAAUUGUGAUACCUUGUUAAAAAAAGGUGGCAAGCUGCCUAAAAUGUGCAUGUGCAACUUCAUCAGCAUCUCAGCUUAGUGUGGCCAUGGAUGUGGGGCACCUCAGAAAGCAGGAUUUUGAUCAGCUAGUUUGUACUUUUGGAAAAUGUAUUUUGAUGGUUAAACAAGGACAAAAGAAUUAGCGGCGGCAAAAGGUGGCUAGACAUCCUUUCAGUUUGAUUUCUGAUGGUUAGAAAAAAACAAGAAUGCUUCAACUGAAGCCUAGCUGACCUCAUGCAUUUUGAUUCUGUAUGAAUGUUUAGGAAAAUCACUGGUUGGUAAUAAGAAGUUGGUAGUAAAUCCUUAAUGUUAACACUUGAUGGAUAAAUGAAAAUACUAUUCUUACAUCUGUGUUCUUGUCUUGCAGCUUGAAAACUAUUUUGCUAGUCUCAAAAAUCCUAAACUCAGGGUAAGUCAUGGGUCGCUUUCAUUGUUUUUAAUAUAUUUGCUCUGUGCGUCGUAGAUUUCCAUAUGAUUAUUUCUUCUUAUUUCAGGAGGAGCAAGAGGCAGCUAGGCGACGUCAGCAGAAGGAUACAAAGGACAGUAAAAGCAAUAGCACCACACCCACGAAACCGAAAGAGCAAAACAAGGUAAUUUAUACACAGUUGUACAAUAUUACAUGUGGGAGCAUGCACUGGAUCAGCGGUAUGUGGAUUGAACAUGUUUCAUUACCUGACUUUGUUUAAUACUCAAUUCUGAUGGGUCAAAACCAUGUGACAGUUAUAUUAACUUUUAAUAAUAAAGAAGGCACAAGAGACAGUCCGAGGGAAGAAGUUAUGACACAUGCAGGGUACUGUUUAUGAUUGUACCUCUUUCAACUGACUGACAAAAAUGUUACUCUCUGAUAGCACUUGAAGACGACAAGGUGAAAAAUGUAAUAUUACUCUCAAUUUAUCUGGAGAAAACAAAGCCUAUGAUUAGUGGGUAAUAGAUGACCAGAAAAAAAGACCAGAAGAGAAUAGAAGUAGGAAAAGUUAAAACACAAGAAAAGUGAUGUUAUCCAGAUUGAAGAAUAUGGAGACAAAGCAACCCCAAAUUCCAACAAUGUUUUGGGCUUUCACAACCAAAGCGCAACGAAAAUGCUAACAAAAAUUUUGUUGGGAGAGAAUCUUUUACAAGCACAGCUGCUAUUUUCUGUGAUAUCACGAAAUCAAUCCAAUCCAAUCUGCUUUUUUUAUAUAGCACAUUUUAAAAAACAUUCAAGUUUACCAAAGUGCUGCACAGUAAAAUUUAAAGAACAAACACUGCAGAAAACAUCAAGAGGAAUUGAAUAAAAGCAGGUAAAAAAAAACAUUGAAAAUGAAAUAAAAUAAAUGAAAUAAAAACACAAAGCAUAAAAGAAAUAAAAUAAAUAUCAGCUGCAUAGAUUAUUAUUAAAACAAUUAAAUCAAUAAACAAUAAAAACGUCUUCGCUUUACUUCUGGGUCUUGUCUCACCUUGUCAGGAUACAAUUUGACAUAAACCCCAGCUAGCUUUGUAGCUUCACAUUUUGUUGAACUGUGUGCCAUUUAAUUCAAAUUUCAUUCUUCAUUGAUUAACUGUAAACCAGCUCCUAGUGUUUUUAUUUUUUAUAAACCAUGGAUGUUCAGUCGUGUGUUUUCGGAACGAUUCGUAAAUGUGCAUUUGUGUGUCUACGCCUACAACAGCAAGACUCCUGUGGUGAAGAGGAGCGCCCGAGCUUGGUGACAGUGGUCAAGGCCCCACCUAAACCUCGGAGAGCCAGACUCCUGUCCAAAGGUCGGAAGCUGAACAACAAGAAACGCGGUCGACCCAAGAAAGCUGCACCGGCCACUGAGAAGAAAAACAAGAAGAAUCAGAGCGCGUUGGAUCUGCUGCACGCCAAAACCCUGUCUGCAGCACCCCCUCAGGGUCAGACAACACAUGUGCACACACACACUCUGCUAUAUACUACCCCUAAAUUCUACAUUAACUCAUGCUUACUCUGUCUGAAUGGUGGCCUGCAUCUCCUCUGGAUAAUCUUAAUCUGCCUCAUGAUACAGAGAUCAGAGUUUUGUUUCCCAGUUUGAACUCUAUGGCUUGUCUUACUCUUAAUCUUUACAGAUGCAUACCGGCCACCUCAGAGUCCCUUCUACCAGCUACCUCCCAAGGUCCAGCACUAUCCCUCAAGUCAACUGCUGCUGAGCCCGACUCCUCCUGGUCUGCAACAACUGCUAGGUGAGUUGAUAAAGAGCCCCUUUCUGUGCAAGUUGUGGUUACUAUUUGAGGCGCUGUACAACUCUAAACAAAGGGGUGAAGACUUCAAGUCCACAGAUACUUCCUUGACUCUCAUGAUAUUCAGUUAGUCUUGAAGUGUUGUGUAGUUUUCUUGACUCGCUUAAUAAAAGGAAAAGAAAUGACUCAGUCUCUUUGAAAACUCACUGUGUCCUCUCCAGAGCAAUCAGACAGUUAUUAGAGCCAGUAAAAAUAACAGAUUUGUGCAGGCUCACAUUGAAAUUGGUCUUUUGAACAAUCCUCAAUAGGUUUCUGAACUGAAAGCCAAGCUGGCGCUAAUACAAGCUGGCUAAAGUCUGUCCUCUGGUUAGAUAAUAAAGUUGAGGACAUCGGUGACGUUAAUUGAACACCAAGAACUCAGACUGCUGGAAAUGUUAGGAACGAAUCGUUAAAGCUUCAUAUCGAACUGCCAAAUCACGUUGUGGAGCCAGGCACAGCAUGAGCCUGUACCUUAAACUAUGCCCUAGUAGGUGACCUGUCCGGAGAGGGUUAUCUACAAGUUUGAGAUUGGAGAAAGAGACACACAAAGCCUGGCCAGAUAAAAGUAAACUCAGGCUGCAUGUUUGAUGAUCUGAUUUUUUUUUACCUUGUGCCCUCUCUCUCUCUACAGAUAACAUCAAAGUUCAGUACCUCCAGUUUAUGGCCCACAUGAAGACUCCUCAGUACCACUCCAACCUACAGCAGCUUUUAGAUCAGGAGAAGGUAAUCACUUCUGCCAUCAAAACAAUCAAUAUUUUUCUACCAUUAUUAUUAACUUAAAUUUCUUGUUAACACACAAUUCCAACUUAUUUUUAAUUGCAUGUAUUCGAGCACAUAUUUACCAAAAAACACGAUAUAAAAAAGUCACAAGGAAACUCACACUGUUGUUUUUUUUCCUUGUCUGCAUUCUUGUUCUCCUUUCUCUCUCUCCAGCAAAAACACAGGGACCUGUCAGGACAGGCAGAGCAGCUCCACUCAGUCUGUCAGUCUCACAAGGACAAGAUCAAAGGUCUCUUUCAGACCAAACUAGACGAGGUGGGAACGUCAGCGUUGUUGCUCUUUCUAGCAGUAGUGAAACAUGGUUAAAACAACACAGUUUGUGAUUAUUUUUGUAUGUUAGCAUCAUGAAAAGUCGUUUACCCCAAAGUAAUUUUAGAAUUUUUGAAACACACCCGUUUAUACUUAAGCCUUACUGCAGCAGGAUAACAACCUCAACAACCGGUGGUCAUAAAUGACAAAUGAUGACACUAAGUAUCUGUGUGUGUGUGUGUCUGUUUGUGUUGUGAUCAGCUGGGAGUCAAAGCUUUGACUGUGGAAGACCUGCUGCAAGCCCAAAAGGAGAUUUCUGCCCACAAUCGUCAGCUGAAAGAGCAGACCAAGCAGCUUGAGAGAGACAUGGCCUUACUGAGAGACCAUAGCCUUUUGUUGGUACGUGCGGCUGUGUUUCUGUAAUCUCCACACUGUUUGACAUAUUAGUCUUAGCUGAAAUUCUGUUCAGUUGGAGUGUGCCCGACAUACCCUUGCACAUGGCGCUGAUAUUUCAAAAUGCUUUACUGUGGUGAAGAGAGUGUGCUUCAAGCAAACAAAUUAACAAGUGCGUGUUUUUUUUUUUUUUUGCAGCUGAAGUCUCGAUGCGAGGAGCUGAAGCUGGAUUGGGGCUCUUUGUGCCUGGAGAGUUUGUUGAAAGAGAAGCAGGCGCUACGCAGACAAAUCUCUGAGAAACAGAGACACUGUUUGGAGCUGCAGGUGUGUACAGACCUCCUCCUUACUCUUGGGGAUUUAUUCCCAAUUUUUACGUCUCCUUCUUCCAACUGUCAUGUACUUGUCCAUACUUGCCAUGCUCUCUCCAGCCAUCCUGCCAACCCCUCAUGUCCAUCCUCCUCCCCUCAGUGGGAGAUUGGGAUAGAUUUGCCCUUGUUAGUUCUGAAUAUUGUUCAUAGUUUGUUAUAUAUACUAUAUAUGCAAUGGAGCUUUCAGAGGACUUAAAGAAAUACCCUCACAAAUAUAUUCCUAGAUAGCUCAGCAUAACUAGAGGACCCCUGUUUACCAAUGUAACAGCUCCCCCUGGUGUUUAUUUGCAGAUCAGCAUAGUGGAGCUGGAGAAAAGUCAAAGGCAGCAGGAGCUGCUCCAGCUCAAAUCCUCCUACAGCCCCUGUGACGGCUCCCCAUACAGAAAGAGCCUGGAAUCGCGUUCCACUACAGACAUGGACUCCUCUAAGCUGGGCUUGUCUUCAGCCCCAGCCCUCAAUGGUGUCAGCCCAGAGCUGUCCAUGAACGGCACCAGCUCACCCUGUUUCGACCGGGCCAACACCAAAGGGGAACUUCUCUCCCGCUACCUACCCAUCUCUCCGGACCAUGAGAUUGUACCUGCCCCCACUGAUGCCCGGCAGAGGCAGCAAAGUUCCUCCCACGCUCUUCCUGAUUACACGCGCUUCUCCCCCGCCAAGAUUGCCUUGCGGAGGCACCUUAACCAGGACCCCACUGCCUCUGCCCACUCAAGAGCUCCAGGGCUGGCCAUCCACAGGUCUGUUUGCUCAUUAUUUUUUCCCAAUUUUAAAAUUUUUUAUUUUUAUUUUUCAGGUCUGCAGUUGACUUUCCUUGGUGUCACACAGCUUAAGUACUUGAAACUAAACAUGUUUGUUGUUAUUUUCAGGGAAAUGAGUGGUGUUAACUCAAUGCAUGGGGCCAAACAGAACUGCUCCUCUCCCUGUGCAUCUGAUGCCCAGAAUACUCCUAAAGGUUCAGAGAGGGUAAACCUUUAUCUUUCUUGUCUUUCCAUGCUUUUGUUCCUUUAUUUCUUGCACUUUUUGUGUGUUGUGUUAACAUAUUAUUUUCCAAUACUCUGUGCACACAGGGUAAGGAGAGGAGUCCGCCUGCUCAGGGAGACAAUAGUAUCACAAGCCUUCCUAUAAGCAUCCCUCUGAGCACUGUCCACCCAAGUAAACUCCCAGUCAGCAUCCCCCUGGCCAGCGUGGUGCUGCCCAGUCGAGCUGAGAGACUGGUGAGCACAUUCCAUUCAUGACAGUGUCAAAACUACAGUUAUAUUAUUGCUAUGAUUUACAUUUAGCUUGUUUCACCUACAUUAGUCAUUUUUUAGUGUGAUUUCAAGUUGUAAUGUAUACUCUGUAUUUAUAAUUUCAGAGAAAUACUCCAAGUCCUGUGUCUCAAGCAGGUCAGACCAACGGUAAGGAGAACUAUGUUGUGUUUUACAUUUCAUAUCCAGCACUUUUAACAGAGCAGGGUUAAAAAUUUAAUGUUAACUUUCUACCAAUGAUGCUCCCAACUUCAAAAACUUCAAAACCACCAGAAAAAAUGAGGGAGCAUCGACUCAAAGCUAAAGAAGAUAUGUUGGUAUUAUCGUCUACAAUAACAACAUAUCUUUAGUUGGAAAACAACAUGACCGCCGGGGCUUUGAAUCGUUAACAUUAACUGAUUUCAUUAAGUCAAAACAGUUUCAUUUAAAGUAUGAAUGUCUAAUAUCAUAUCUGGCCAAAUUUUAUCAACAUCAGAUUUUAGUUUGGAAAAUUUAAAGCCUCACAAUUCACACGUUGAUCUGAUGAAGCAUAUAAAAGACAUAAACAAGGUUGUGUUAACCCAAGCAGCACUCUUAUCAGUCAGAGUUAGGAAUUAUCAGUCUUACACACAUUAGGGGUGUGAACCAUCUAUUGCAGUUCAAAACACAUUGGGCAAGUUUUUUCACUUAAGAUACAGGGUUUUUUUUUUCACUACCAUUCCUUAGUCUUCCUAGAAUACUUCUAAUAAAAAGGUCAAGCUGUGAACAUGACCCGACACUAGCCUGUUGCUUUAGUGAAUAUUGGUGGCAGUAAAGAAUUUUUACUAUAUUUUAAACCUUUUAUUAUCAUCAAUAUACUGCAUACUCUUCUACUCUGCUUAUGUUGGAGCUUUUUCACUGCAUGUUUAUGUAACCAAGACAUCAGGUUACUAAAUAUUUGUUAAAUGAAUAAUUAAAGGUACUGUAUUUGGGGCACUGCUGGCCUGUGAUCUUGGCUUUGUCCGAAUAGAAGGUUGUACCUCAAGCAGUUUGCUAGGGUUGGCUUUCGAUUAUUUUGUUACAGCCCUACCACAAUAGUGUAAAGGAGGUGCCCAGCACUUUAAAAAUUUAAAGUUAAGUUUUCAAGAGAAACUGCGCAUUUCAAAUCAACACCAGCCAGCAAACAUCUAGAAUAAAGGUCAGAUCACAGCAUUCACUUGCACCCCCACAAAUGCUCCGUGGUAUUUUUGAGGUCACAGAUUAAAUUUUGGUCACAUACGCAACCAAAACGGUCACCAUUUCAAGAAUUUCAAGAAUACUUUUUCUAUGUCUAAAGAAGUUAAAUAAUGAGUCGUUCUGCAUGAUAUUUGAUAGUUGACUGUUAUCCUUACAUAUCCAGAAUCAUUCACCGAGAAACUGUCUGGUCUCUGUGUAGGAUAUUCCUCUAGCUCAGGGCUGAUGAACGGAGGGUCCCAUCCCGAGGACCAUAAUGGUGCUUCUUCUUCACCUCCUCCACACACCAACACUCUUCUGACAGGACCAAUGGGCCGUGGAGGUCACAUCCAGAGCCCCCCUCUCAACACAGGGGGGGUACUCCAGUAUGCUGAUGGACCCCCGAGGAUUCUUCCAGAAGACGGGCAGGAUCACCAGGGAGGAGAAUCAGACAUGGAGCCUCAGGACAGUGAAAUGCGGAGGAGGAUCUUCUUCUCCUCUUCCUCUUCUUCAUCCUCGUCUUCCUCUUCGUCAGGCAGUGGAGGCAGCGUUGGCGGAGGAUCACGCCUCCACCAUCACACUGGCAACUCAGCCAAGCAGGGAUACCACAGUAACCACGGAAACCACCACCACCAGUCUCCCGGCACACAGCAUACCCACCAACCCACACACACAUCGUCAUCGCACUCCUCUCACAGCCUCGGCUCUCAGGAAGGGCGGAAAAGAGGGAGGAGAAAGCGUAACUCUACGUUGUCUAUCACAGCCAGCGGAUCCCCAAAGAGGAGGUCAUUCCCCGGGCUCGGCUCCAACAACCACUCCUCAGGAUCACCACUCAACAUAAACUCCAUGGUGAGACACUUUGACCUGUAAGAAUGUAUCUUUGGAUUGUCUGUGGAUGAAUACUAUUUUUUAUUUCGAGGUGUCAUCUGUGUUAUAACUGACAUGUUCUUCUCCCAAUAGGUGAACAACAUCAACCAGCCCCUGGAGAUCUCUGCCAUCUCCUCCCCGGAACAAUCAAGUCGCAGCCCCAGCGGCCCUGACCUGGACCAGCCUCCCGUCUUAAAGAGAGAGCGCCCUCUGGAGCUCAAUGGCAACUGUCGCUACUCCUCAGCUCCGAGCUCGGAUGACGAGGAUUCAGGAUACCCUGCCGACAGCUCCAGUUCACGGUAAUAUUGUUAUAGGAAUAACAACCAUGUACCUGCUUGGCAGCUUUUUGAAGUAGUUUAUACUUUUCUUAUUUAACGAGACAAAAUGGGAACAGUAGUGACACAAUAAAGUCAACAAGAAUUCAGUAGAGACAAAAGAGAAAGACAUCCAGGACAACAGACAACAUAAGGCGCAGCAAAAACAGAAUUUAAAGUAAACUCUACCUCUGGUCACUUAUAUGAGAAUCACUAGCCAGCUGACUGAGAGUUGUGAUUUGUGGUUCUGACGGUUAUAGGAUAAUAAACAGAGGCUUUAUAACCUGUCCUUAGUGGGGUGACAGACGGCGAGCCCAAUGUUUGUACUAUCAGGUGUCUAAACUUCCACAUCUGGUUGUGUGAAAGAUUGCUUGGCUGCUUUUUCAAAACACGACUUUGCAGGAAACAUAUUCCCAGUUACAAAUUAUCUACUGUUGUUCACACAUCUAUACUGAUAACAAAAGUCCACUUUUUUGAUUGCCUAAGCUUUUUACUUUUAGUUUAGUUUAGUUUAGUUUUCUCACCAUGCCUCAUCGCCGCUUGUUUGUUUGUUUUCUUUUUCUAGAAUUGAGAGGAAAAUUGCCACCAUAUCCUUGGAAAGCAGAGAUGGACCUGGACGACUAGGGGAUAUCGAAAGAGGUAUGUAAAAGAGAAACCUUUUACAAAUUAAACUUGACCUUAGAAUAUUCCCACCUGUGCUCAUCAGUCUUUUUUUUUCUCCACCAGGAAGAAAAUCUGGUAGCAGUAGUGGUAACAGCACUGGCAGCGAAGCCUCGUCUUCAUCUUCCAUGUCCUCUACCAGCAAGUGGAAAUCCACCUUUUCCCCAAUUUCUGAUCCAAAGCAACCCAACUCCGAUCUGAGACAGGGGGGCUCUCCAUUUGGAAUGGGGGGGUCUGGCCGGGGAACAGACUCAGAUUCAGACCACAAACAACAGCAUCAGCAAAUAAGACGAGGGAGUGACGGAGAAUCAACCACCUACAUGACCCCAAACCCCUUCCUCAGUCAGGAAGCGGGGACCCGGGGCGGAGGCAGCAGUGGUGGCGGGGGCGCGCAGGGCAGUGGUUCAGAGCAACGACAGGCCCUGCAAAAGCAGAAGGCGGGUCGGGACUGGGAGCUCAAAACAAGCAGCAGCCUGGGGAGCCAGAACCUCUUCAUCUCCGCUGCAGCGAGCAACGGAGGCGGCAUCUUGAACGGGAAGGUGGGAGGAAGUCCAGUAGCAGUUUCCUCGACGACAGGGUCAUCCAUGGGGCAGUACCUGGGGUCUCAGUUCCCACUCGGAGGGACCUCAGUCUUACAGUCCCUGUUCGGGGCCCAGACAGGAUCAACAUCAAGUGGGACCACACGACUUGUCAACGGACACUCAGCCCUGGGAAGCUUCUCCAGUGCGGGGCUGGCAGGGGGAGCAGCUGGAGGUGAGCAUCGCUAACAGCAGACGUUUCAUGUAGGUUGUUGAACAGUUGAGGUCAUAGUCUUAGCCAGGGGUCAUCAGGAUACAGAAAAGUGAGAGUCAGAGGAAAAUGGGCCGGCCGAUUAUUCCAGGUAAGUGAGGGUCCAAUGCUGCUGUCUCUCUGUGCUGCAUCGCUUUGACGUGGACUGGCUGCUUAGAGGCUGUAGUCGGAAACACCUUCAGAAAACGUGUCGAUAAGCAGAUUGAUUUAAAAAAACACAAAGUAAGAACCGACUGAGGUGAUUACAUGACUGCGUCCUCGUUUUCUGUGGGUGUUUCUGUUUACGUUUUAUGUCAGAGUCAUUUCAUUUCUAAGACAAAAUCAAAAACACGUUAAAUGGAACUACAUCGACUAAAACUAAUCUGGUUUUGUUCAACUCAAAGUGGACUGACUCUGUUUGCUUUCUGUGUGCUUGUCAAAGACUUGCUUGGCGCUAUGCUAUGCACAACCUGGCUCAGUCCUUGCCUCUCUCUUUGUCCCCCCCCCUCCCCCCCUCGCUCUCUUUGCCACUUCUGUCUGCUCUGUCUCCCCUUCGUUUCCACUCUCUCGCCCCCCUCCCCCUCCCCUCCAUCUCUGCUGUAUGAUUUGCAGGUAUAUUUCACCACGCGGUUCCCACAGCGUCCUCCCAUCAGUUUGGGGCAACACUGCCCGCCUCUGGAGGCCUCAGCUCUCUGCUCAGUCUCUCCUCCUCUUCCUCUCCCUCCCCCCAAACCCAGCAGCACACCACACUCCAACCGGCCUCCAUGCGCUUGGCAUCCGCACCCUCACCUCUCCCCCACUCCCAAGCCCAGCACAGCCGUAUUCAGUCAGUCCUCCACAGCCCCUCACCUCCCACCCUCUCCCUGCCCCCUCCUCCGCCUCUGCACAGCACCUCCUCCUCCUCUUCCUCCUCCUCCUCGACAACCACGCACUCCGAUGCCCCGCCAUCCUCUCUCCACACCUCUCGCCUGUCCCACUCCUCCCUCCACCACCAGAGAGCACAGUCAUCCCUCACUCUCUCCAUCUCCUCCACCUCUGCCCCCUCUUCUGCUUCUGUCUCUGCUUCUGCUGCUGCUGCUGCUACUGCUUCCCACUCCUCCUCUUCCUCUCUGUCAACCUGCUCCUCCUCCGCCUCCUCCUCGUCUCGCCCAUUCGCAGUGCACUACUCCCCUCGGCUGCCCCCUCCACCGCCAGCCAGCAGCUCAGGUGGUGGCGGGGGCAUGUGGAGAACUCAAAGCAUGCAUAGUACCCACACCACCACCCAGCUCCCUGGCUCCCGACCUAGAUAAGGUUUGGGAGUGUGCGGAAGGCAAGGGGGAAGGAGAGGGAGAAGGGCGAAGGGCAAUCAGGGGGUGGAAAGAGGGGGAGACUGGUAGAGAGAGUGUGAGAGACAGGAUACGUUUAUUCCUUGUGCUCUCAAAAGCUGUUGUUCUAAAUGAACAAGGUAAGUCACAUCCAGAGUCUUCAAUUCAAAGUUUCAAAACUUGCUGAGCGGUAAAUACUUUUUAGGGGGUUUUCUGUCCUUUCACAAUAAAAGUCUCUCAUAUGUUUUCCCUUUUUUUUGAUAUUUCAGGUAAUUGAUGAAAUCUACCUCAACAUUAAAUAAACUAUGCAAAUGUCCAGGUGUGGACCAGGGCACUCUCCUUACUCACUGGUGCUUCGAAGCGUCUCCUGCUACCCAACUGCCUCCAAGACCGGCUUCUGUACUGGGAACUUUGACACACAUACAACACACACACACUUAUCUCACACACACAUCCUCACUUACCUUCACCAUGGUCACCUUGAGCAGGAUUCACUUGGUACUGGUCAUGUUUCUGUGUGAUGCUGCUGCUCCAGAACUCGAGUAGCUUAAUACUGAAGAUGUCUUGUUUAACACGAAGGUGCUCAGUGCUAUGGUAGUCGACUCGCAUAUCAUAGUUGCUAUAAUAACAACCAGUGUUAAGCAUAAUAGUCUCUUUUCACUUGUGUAACGUGUCACUUAACAACAGAUUGAAGCACAAAUUCCACCCUUUUGAGCUUAAUCUCAUCACGCCACAUUCCCUCCGUAGUUUCUUUUUGACCAAGGCGGACACACUCACACUGACCAGUUCACUCAGCUAGAACUCUGCUCAGACAUCAUGCGGGGAGAUAUCUCCGCGUGCAUGAUCCCUCCUCGUCUUCUGCUUUCUUCCUUUAUUUGAACAUUUUGCAACAUACUGCAAUGCAAAUCAAAAUGGGGAACAAUUUCGACACAGUUACUAAUGUAGCAGAAGAUGUACAAGUCCUGGCUGGUUUAUCGACACCCCAUGAAUGCUAGACAUAUGACUUUUAACAUUUUACAGGGAAAACAAAGACUCUCAAGUCCCUCGACUUAUCACAUGAAUUGUACAAAGCUGUUCUAACUGUCCUGUGUUGCAAACAAAACUAACAUCCUUUCCUCGCAAUGAACUGGUGUAAAACCAGUUGCGCUUAAUCUCUGUUGUUUCAGCAUUUCUCUUUUGACUAGAUUAGCUAAUCUACUCCCACACUAUAUAAUUGGAUAACGCCUCAUAUUGGAAGUAUCAGUGAAAGUUUCUGUAUCUGCUUCAGAAAGGAGCAAUCGAUCAUUUUCAGCCUUCCUCUGCGAAUCAAAGAACAUGGAAAAUGUCAGAUUCUGUUUUUCACAUAAGUUAAACAGCAUCAAUAGGUGCCCAUGAAACUGAGCCAAGACAAGUUCAUUUUCAUGUUUUAAAACUAACUCAUGAAAUUAAGUUAAUGAGAUGGUGCUCUGUGUGUUGACAUUAAGUCUCUGUCUUAAAAAAAAAAAGACGUCCUGUGUUUUCGCUUCACUGUCUGGUGCUCGAGUGAAACUGAAUCCAGGUGAAAACUUGGACUCCCUUGAAAACACGAUGAUUUAUUUCAAGGGUUUAUCCAUGAAUACAUUUGCAAGAACAAUUUCAGUAGAAACGGGAAUAUAAAAACUCCUAUUUUCUAUUUAUUAUGAACUUUUUUUCCUCUUCAGACAGUUUGGUAAAUUACACUACCAUGUGGGAAACUCUUACAGCAGGAAUUUUUAACUCUUCUUAAGCUAAACUCGUUUGUAUUUACCUGUGCCAUUGGGAAAUGCAGUCUUAAGGAAAGUUUAGGACUCAAUUAUGUGGAACUAUAGACACUCACACACUCAUGCAUGCAGCUCCUCACACACUGAGAAACAAUGAACCAUGACCACAUGAAACUACUGGACUCUCUUCACACCUUUUUGUUUGGCUUUUUUAAAGAUGUGUAAUUUGUUUUUGUAAACAGUGUUUGUACUGUGAAUGUGAUUCAUUCUCUGUAUAGUUGUGUAUAAUUUAGAUUAUUAUAUUUAUGCCGUCAGUCUCUUCAUUUGCCUUGUUUGUUUUUCUUUUUUUUUUUCUUUUUAUAAAUCCUGAAAUAUGUUGACAUUGUAGAAUGCAAUAGUGUGUGUACUUGACUCACAGUCUGAAAACAAUGGUGCUACGUUUGGACUGUUCCUGAUCUUAUUUAUUCUGUAGUGAAAACAUCAAAAAUGAGUUGGUGCUGCACACAGGGACAUUUUCAAAACGAUUUUCUUUUCUUUUUUUUUUUUUGGCAUUUCCUUUCUCAUAUUUAAUAUGUCUGUUUUUUUUGAAUGCCUACUGUACACCUGUAGACACCACCUUUAGAUAAAACUGCUCAGUGACAGCUGGCUCAGAGUGUGAGCAAACAGAUUGUUCCAUUUUCUCACACAGCAGGUGUAAAUUCAAGUCAGCUGCUCAUCUGUUAGUGAACAAGACACACUGUUUUAUGUACAUAACUUUUGUUGCCCCCUUUUAUGUCUCUCCAUCAUAAACAGAAAGGUAUAUAAAUGUAUCUAUAUACAGUCUCUAUAUAUAUGAGUAUAUCUAUAAGUGAAUAGAAAUGUUUGGUGCUAGGAGCAUUAUGACCUUAAACUCAGCCUGUUAAACAGGAGGCUCAAAGCCAAGGAGUGUGAAGCUUUGCCACCGCACGGUUUAAACAGAUGGUGCCUGCAACAACACGGUGACGCACACAACAGAGCUAGAAACUCAAAAAAAAAAAAAAAGGCUGUGUGUUAACUCACACAAACCAAGGUGCUGUGGCUAGACUUGAUUGCAGCACCGGAACCGUCAUCAUCACUUUUAUCAGAUGUUUUUUGGUCUUAGUUUCUUUUUUGUGUUACCAACCUAGACUCUUCAGGAAAAAUGGUGCUCGUUUCCAAACAAUUGCAAUUCCACUUUUACAAACUAAAAUGGUGCGUACAAACUCUGUGUGAACCUCUGGCACACACUGUCUGUCUUUAGAUGUCUUACUGACAAGACUCUGCUACCUUGUAAUGUGAGGAUUUGUGUAUUUGCAAAGAUGUUAAACACUUGUGCAAGGGUGCAUACGAGCCGCCGGGCUUCUUUUUCCCCUCUGAUGGCGGGAAUACGCUUAAACUCUGUGUGUAUAUGCACACUAAUUUCUCCACUAGCCAGUGCUUAUGUGAGGGAAGAUUAAACUAAUAAUGAAAGCUUUAUUGUCCUGUCCUGUGCACUCACUGUGCAGACACGUGUGUUUUUUGCCUGUGAGUGUUGAGGUGAAAAACAGAGUUGUUUAGAAAGUAAUUAGACUAUUUGUUACCAGCACUGAGAGCUCUUUUGUAGUUAUUGUUAAUGCUGAUUUGAUUUUCUUACUCUUGGUGUUUGAUAAAAACCGCGGUUGCUGCGUGUUAAGCUUUUAAGUGUGUCUUCAGAUUCUCGUCAGUUUUUAAUACUACUAGUCAGACAGACAGCACGGUGCUCUCCUUCACUUAAAACAAGGAAAUUGCAGCUAUUGAUGAAUACUACUCUUCUCCUGAUGUGCUGCAGGGUUUAUGGGUUAAUAAUCAUCAACAGGAGCUUGCCAAGCGGCUUUCUUUCGGUCAGGUCGAACCUGCAGAUGUUUCUCAACUCUGGAGGGGCGACGUUGUGUAUGUGCAAGUGAGAACUGGUUCGCGGGAAUGGCCGUUCUACAUUCAUCACAGAUUUCAAACUGUUUUGUAGUUACUUAUACAAUCAGUCAGAGGGGUGAGGUGCUGUUAUUGAAGUCCUUUGGAGUGUAAGCGUGAUCUGAAUUAAAGCUUCUAUGCGGGGCUUCAUUGUGCACCGUUCUGGUACAUUUUUGUUAAUCUGCAUUCGAAGCUGUUUACUUUAAAUCCUGCCAAAGGUCUUAACUCAGGAACUUCCCUUGCAACGAUAUAAACAACUGUAUUUAAACUACUGCACGUCUCAAAUGUUUUCACUAUCUUGUGGCAUCAUGGAGUCCCCUUUUCAACCCAACUCAGGAUCAGUAAAUCCCCUCAGUAAGUGAAUUAAAAAGCAAAAACCGAUCGUACAUCCUCUCAGCUCUCCCCGAAUGAAUUCUCACUUUCACAUGCUGCAGCUUGUCCUGUGAAACCAGCUUUUGAAAGCUUUAGAAAGCUUUAUGAGUCGGUUUGAUCUCAAGAAGCUGUGAAAUGGCUACGACUUCCGCAUCUUCCUCAUCUCACAAAUGCCUCUGUCUUUAUCUGCGACUCUGAGAAGGAGGUCCACUGUCCUUUUGUCUGGGCUUCUCCUGCGAUUUAGGGAGCAACCUGAACUUGGGACACGUGGCCGACAGUUUGUGUACAGUGAUCUCUGAUGGAUGAAGCCAGGGCAGGUUUGAGGUGCAAUAACGGCAAACCUACUUCCCAAAAGGCCCUGGGGUUUCAUGAUGAAAUUGUUACUGUUUGGUGUUGGUGCUUUUAUCCUAAGAUGUUAUAAUGACACAAAUGGAAUUAAUGUUUUUUUCCCCUGCGUUUUAUGAUUAUUAAUAAAAGUGUUUCUUAUAAUAUUUGAACUAAUUUUGUCGUGUUUUGUGGAGUUUAUAGAGAAGGAAAAAGGUGGACUGAGGAGCACAGAUGCGCUAAGUGUCAUAACUGAACAAUAAAAGAUACAAGAGUGCUGAAACAAACAACGUCCAUCACAAAAACAUAUAUGAAAAACGCUAAACAACAUAAAAGAAGUAUAAAGCAAACAUACACUACAGGCCAAAAGUUUGGAAGCAAGGCCAUUACAGGCCGAACAGUUGGGAGUAAGUUCAAGUUUUUGUUCACAAUGCUUUUUUUAAAUCCAGCAUGAGUUGUAUGUAUUUUGGGAUGUAUUUACUCCAUGAUCAGAUGUUGCUUUCAUGGAAAUGCACCAUUUUACUCCAUUUACCUUUAGAUAUACAUUGAUGUUAACAGACCAUUGCUAAAUAUAUGUCAGCAAACGAUAAUAAGGGCUUAGUUUUAGGGUUGAAAACAUUUGCAAGAGUCACAACUUCGGUGCAAAAGCAA